AUGAAAGUCUCUUUGCUAGGCCUAGCCUUGAUUGCCUCCGAGGCUCUUGCGGACUCGAGAACGCCCAAAAUCAUCCCUGGUGUGACCGCUGACCCAGCUAAAGUGGCCAACCGCACCUAUGACUAUAUCAUCGCAGGUGGCGGUUUGACCGGUCUCACAAUCGCCAACAAGAUUCUGACGAACACCAAGGCAACGGUUUUAGUCAUUGAAAGUGGCUUUUACGGCUCCGAGUAUGGGCCCAAGAUCGACGAUUUGAACACCUACGGACAGAUCUUUGGCAGCAGCGUCGACCAUGCGUAUGAAACCAGCCCACAACAUGAAGGCCGCGGCAAUAUCAUUGGUCUGGACAAAGACGUAAAGAUCGUCCGCGCAGGCAAUGGGCUUGGUGGCUCCACGCUUAUCAACGGCGGAACAUGGACGCGCCCACAGCGGGAACAAUUGGACUCCUGGAGUCAGGUAUUUGGAAACCGCGACUGGACGUGGGAUAGCCUGAAACCAUACAUGGACGGCAUCGAGAAACCACGCAAUCCCGCCGGGAUUUGGCCUAAGGAACUAUAUUCCUAUGAUCCGAAGUGCCACAACAGCGGCACGACGGGCAAUGUGGAGGUUGGCCCUCGCUAUGGGGGGGAAGAGAAGCCCUGGUCCAAGCUGAUCGGGGCUCUCAUGAAUACCGUCAGCGCGACCUAUCCAUGGGUGAAGAACCGAAAGGACCUCUGCUGUGGUGAUCCUAGAGGCGUCUCCAUGUUCCUGAAUACCUUGGAUGCUGGCCAGAAUCGCAUGGACGCUGCGAGGUCCUGGCUGGAUCCAGUCCUUGCAGACCCCAACUACAGCAAACGUAUUACGGUUCUGACUGGCCAACUAGUGGGUAAAGUCCACCUCAACGAAAGCGACCCGAAUAACCCCUCGGAGACGCAUCAUGCCACGGGCGUGGAGUUCGGUGUACACCAGAAGGAGCUAUGGAAGUGGGAUGUCAAUGCCAACAAAGAGGUCAUUCUUGCGGCAGGCUCGGCCAUCUCGCCCCUUAUCUUGCAAUGGUCUGGGAUCGGCCCCGAGGAAUGGUUGGCCGAUGCGAAUAUCACGCAGAAGGUCGAUCUCCCGGUGGGAUAUAAUCUUCAGGACCAAACAACCACAACCGUGAUUCACAACACGAUCGAAGAAGGCAAGGGCCAAGGACAAGCGGCUUACUUUGCCACGUUCGACGAGGUGUUUGGAGCCGAAGCGCCGUUAUACAAGGGACUGCUAGAUGAGAGCGGUAAGCUAGAAGAGUGGGCAAUGAAAACUAUUGAAGGAGGAGGUUUCUUCAAAAAUCAGACCGUGCUAUUAAAGCAGUAUGAAAACUACAGGGAUUGGCUACGACACAAAAAUACGUCGUAUGCGGAGCUCUUCUUCGACACCGGGGAAUUAAUGCACUUUGACCUCUGGAAUUUGAUACCGUUUACCCGAGGAUAUGUAAAGGCCCUGGACAGAGAUCCCUACCUCCGCAGCUUCGAGUACAACCCGAGGUUUUUCGAAAAUGAACUGGAUCUCGCCGGCCAGGCUGCCGCGACCAGGCUUGCACGACAGUUAUCACAGACCCACGCCAUGAAGCCUUAUGCGGGCAUUGAGAAAGUUCCUGGGAAACGCCUAGUGCCUGAAGGGGCCGAUUUGAAGGCAUGGGAAACGUACGUGAUGCAAAGCUACCGUGCCAACUACCAUGGCGUGGGCACCUGCUCGAUGAUGAGUCGGGAGCUCGGUGGUGUGGUCAAUCAGCAAGCCAAGGUGUAUGAUGUCGGAGGCCUUCGCGUAGUUGACGGCUCGAUUCCACCAACCCAGGUCUCUUCGCACGUCAUGACCGUGUUCUACGCCAUGGCCGCAAAGAUCGCCGAUGAUAUUACCGGAAUCAACAGUAACAUGCACUGA